CAGGCAUCCUGAAGAACGAUAGGCGGGACGAACUCCUCCAGACCUUGGCGGAAGAGAUCAAGCAGCUGAAGGAUCCGAUACGUCCAGGUCUCCGGCAUAGCGGCCAAGGCGAAGGUCGAGGGGUCGCCGCUCGCCUACAGCAGCCCGCUUCAGCUGGCGGACCUCUCGGCGAGUUCUGCCCAGGACCGGACCCCCCGAGGAGGUGGGGCGGCGACCUGGCGUCGGAGGUGUCGCGGUCGCUGGGCAAGGCGCCCGCCGCCGGCGGCUUCGCCUCCUCCAGCACCGGCGGCUCGGACAACGGCCUGCCCUGGGGCCCACGGCCGACGCAGGGGGUCAUGAACCACUCGCGGGACGUGCACUCGCCGCAGGGUGUUGCACUGGGCGCCCCAGGAGACUCCAGGUGGGCUCCAGAGCCCGCACAGCUGGCGCGGUACGGCGCCGAGUUCGAGGCCCUGGACGAGGAUCGGGACGGCUUCGUGGAGGGACGUCCGCGGACCCCUCGAGAGGUCGGGGCUGCUGACGGACACGCUGAAGGCGAUCUGGGUGCUCGCGGAUGCGGACUGCGAUGGCCGCCUCUCCCGCGCAGAGUUCGUCUGCGCCAUGCACCUCGCGCACCGGUGCGGCAGCGAGGGCAUCGAGGCGCCCG